ACUCUUCUCUCUCACUCACUCACUCACCCACACAGCCACACUCGCUGUGUUUCUCCUCUGCCGCUUAACCACCUCCCUCCGUAACAAACUCCUCAUUUCGCUCCCCUCCCUUGCUCUUCUUCUUCUUCUUCUUCUUCUUCCUCCUCCGCGACCACCACCGAUCCAUCCAUCCACCGUGUCUUCUCUUCCCUCUCCAAUGGGGAACCCUCCCGAGCUGUACCACCGCAUCCUCAACAUCCCCAGGGAGACCUCGCCGCAGGAAAUCCGCGCCGCCUACAAGAGCCUCGUCAAGAAAUGGCACCCCGACAAGCACCCGCCGUCCUCCAAGCCCGAGGCCGAGGCCCGCUUCAAGGCCAUCACCGAGGCCUACGAGGCGCUCCUUGACCAGCAGGAGAACAGGGCGGUGUUCGGGGUGUGCUGCAACGACGGCCGCGCGGGCGAGAAGGCCAUGGCGUGCGGCGUGGUCGGCGGCGGAGGGGCACACAUCGCGAGGACGCGCAGCGACGACUUCGGCGCGAGGAUGGCGCCCGGCACGCCGGCGAGGGAGUUCAAGAAGGUGUACAGCUCCGGCAACUCCGGCGGGCGGCGCGCGUUCGCCGAGUUCUCCAGCUCAAUCAUGCGCAAGGCGCCGCCGCUGGAGCGCAAGCUCGACUGCACCCUCGAGGAGCUCUGCCACGGCUGCAAGAAGGAGGUCAAGUUCACCCGCGACGUCGUCACCAAGAACGGGUCAAUAGUCAAGAAGGAGGUGAGCCAGAUGGUGCUGGUGAAACCAGGGUGGAAGAAAGGGAACAAGAUCACAUUUGAAGGCAUGGGGGAUGAGAGGCCAGGGUGCCUACCGGCCGAUGCCGUCUUCGUCAUAUCGGAGAAGAAACACCCUGUCUUCAAGAGGGUAGGCAACGACCUGGUGCUGAAAGCCGAGGUGCCAUUGGUGAGCGCGCUCACCGGCUGGUCCUUCUCAUUCAGGCUCCUGAGUGGCAAGAAGGUGAGCUGCUCAUUUCAGGAUGAGAUCAUCUGCCCAGGAUAUGAGAAGAUCAUCAAAGGGGAAGGGAUGCCAAUUGCCGAUCAGAAAGGAGCACGGGGUGAUCUAAGGGUGAAGUUUGAGAUCGCGUUCCCGAAGCAGCUUACUGACGAGCAACGCGACGGUCUUGCUCAAAUUCUGAGAGGAUGUGCAUGGGAUUGAUGAGAUUGAAAUGCAAGGUCCAAGUGUAUCAAAUUUUCUCAGCCUUGUGUUAAACAAUCAGAAUGAGUACAUAAAGAGAGAUGCCCUUGUAUAUACAGGUAUAAUAUAUGAUGAAAACCAAGUCUUCUGUGGAUAGUACAUGCCUUUCCAGAUGAGCUGUAUGGGUUUAUUUUGAUGAGA